AUGUCUUAUGAUGUCAAGAAGAAAGGGGCACAGUUUGAUUUCAGUGGGAGUUUACAUCAUGUGAGGAAUGAAUGUGGCAAGAAGUCUGGGCAGAUUGAUGUACAAUGUAAUGUUCAGAUGGGUGUUGAGUCACCAAGACAGGUUUUGAGGAACAAUUAUGGUUACCGUCAUUCAGGGCCAAUAGAAAGAGCCAUGGUGGAGAAGAAGGGCAUGAGCAUUAGGCCUCAAGGGAUGUCGCAGAGGGGUGAGGUAGGGUUGUUUAGGUCGGGGGAUUUUGAUGUUGCAUGUGGAAUGGGGCCGGGGAGGCUAUUUAUGGAGUGCCUUAAUUUGAGCAGUUCUGCUUCAAAAGUGGAUGAUGAUGAUGAUGUUGGCUAUGAUGACCGAAGUAGUCAAAUUUCAGGGUGUUGUAGUGUUGCAAGUUGUGGGAAGAGAGAGCACCCAAAUUAUUCAGGUUGCUUUAAUCGCUCCCAAAUUGGUGUUCCUUUCAGUGGAGAGCAAGGACAGUUUAAGGGUAGCAUAACAAACAGUGCAAAAUUUGGCUCCAAAAGUAGAUUAAUGGUAUAUGCCCCUCCUAGCACUGUUGGAGGCUCUGCUUUAGCCUUGCAUUAUGCGAAUGUCAUAAUAGUUAUUGAGAAGCUGCUUCGCUACCCUCAUUUGGUUGGUGAGGAAGCUAGAGAUGAUCUGUAUCAGAUGUUGCCUACGAGCUUAAGACAAACUUUGAAGGCUAAUCUGAAGUGUUAUGUGAAAGACCUGGCAAUCUAUGAUGCUCCUCUGGCCCAUGAUUGGAAAGAGAAGCUUGAUGAGAUAUUGAGGUGGCUUAGCCCAUUGGCACAUAACAUGAUCAGAUGGCAAAGUGAGCGCAAUUUUGAACAGCAACAAAUCGUGAGGCGCACAAAUGUUCUCCUGCUCCAGACCUUGUAUUUUGCUGAUAGGGCAAAAACAGAGGCCGCUAUUUGUGACCUUCUGGUUGGGUUGAAUUAUAUAUGUCGUUAUGAGCACCAGCAAAAUGCUUUAUUGGAUUGUGCAAGCAGUUUCGAUUUUGAUGACUGCAUGGAGUGGCAACUGCAGUAUUCAACUUCUUAUCAUUCUUGA